AUGCCCGUGCCCACAACCCUGACGAGCUACCUCCCCGUCCUGCUCGUCUCCGUCACACACUCUGCCGCCCCCGACGACACCUCGUUCUCCACCCUCCCCGAGGGCCAGGUCGACUAUCUCUCCCACGAAUGGCGCGAAGAGGACGUCUGGCGGUCGUGGCGCAGCAUGACCCGCCAGAAGAACGCGAUCGCGAACGGCACCCGUCUCGAGAACGCGAGCUGGCGGACGUGGUGGAAGCAGAGGAACAAGCUAAAGACCAUCAGCCCCGAGACACUUAAUUGGCUCAAGGACUCGGACGUAACCUGGCUGUACGGCCCCCUGCACAUCGGCUCAGACUGGGCCCCGACGGCCGCGCGCAGCCCCGAGUCGCGCACGCUGCAGGCGAAGCAGCGCCAGAACAGCCUGAGCGCGAUCCACUCCGCCGCCACCGGCAGGGCGACCCCGGCCCCCGUCACGCAGCCCAAGAAACCAAUCCUCAAGCACCGCAGCAUCAGCCAGCUGCUGUCGCUGCCCACGAGCCCGUUCUUCGAGCAGGGCGAGUCCGACGAGGAGGACGUCGCCGCGCUCGACCACGGCUCGACUCCCAGCCUGAAGCGCCCACAGCUGCUGCACACGAAGAGCGACACGCACAUCAGCCUGCGCGGGCGGGCGCACCGCAAGGACUCGCCGCCGCGGAUCAUCGCGCAAGAGGGCACAAGCGCGUCUGCGACGGUCGUGCGCGCAGCGUCGAUCGCGAGCGGGCUAACGUCGAGCACGAGCGGGCUGACAUCGAGCGAGGCAUCACAAGCGAUGAGCAGCGACCCGGAUCUGAGCGGUGGCUCGAGCAUCAACGGCGAGUCGCCCGCCGGGAGCAGCACGGCGAGCGACCCGGGCCUGAAGAAGAAGCAUAUCAGCUUCAACACUUUUGUGGAGCAGUGCAUCGCGAUUGAGAAGCCAGACCUUAAACGCCAAGCCUCUGGUACGCGCCGAUCGCCCGUAAUAAGCUGGGACGAUGGGUACGACGAGGAUUCAGAGGUGACGAAUGAGGACGAGGACGAUGGGCCGAUCGCGUACUACCGCGCUCGCGCGUCGACGAUGCACUCGGACUCUGACGACGACGAUGACGAAGACGACGUGCUCGAGAUGCGCACGGCGUCGUCCCGCUCGCGCACGUCCUCUGCCGUGAGCGCGCAGCCGCGUAAGCUCAUGUUUAUCCUUGAUGCACCGCGCACACCCCACCCACACUUUCGUCCUCCAUUAGUGCGAAGGGCCUCCAUGGGCGCGGAUCACGUCACUAUCGCGCCGAUCGCGCCGACGCUCCUCAAGGGCACUGGCGUCGGCAACAACCUCAUUGGCCCCGGCCCUCCCACACCCGUUUCGAAGGACCUCGAGCUCGUGUAUGCCCCGCCGAGCAACAGCAAUUAUAGCUUGCCGGGCUCGCCGAACUUGACGCAGGAGGACGUGUAUCGCCAUCGCGAAUCGUAUUUUAGCGUCGGGACGAGUCCUUCGCCGGAGUCAAGGUCACCAUUAGCUUCGCCAUCCAUCGCCACCGUGAACGCGCUGCCGCCACCCCCUCAAAUAUCAUCAUCACCCCCCAAGUACGAAGUUUCUUCACGGAACUUCUUCCCACACCAGUCAUAUUCGGAUUCGCCUAUGCACAUGGACACUGUGGUUGAGGAUGCGUUUGACUACUUCGAUGGGCCUCCGGUUCUCAACGAGAACUACACCCCGGAGUGGUCGGCACAAGACGGUAACAAGGAGAGCGUGAAGGUUGACUCCGCUGCGGCGCCUGCGAGAUACGCAGAAGGCGGCGCGUCGAGCGUACAGGUCGGACGGAGUAGUGGCCUCAUCGAGUCGCCUCCCACAUAUUCGCCUGCGCUCAGCCCAGAAACGCCAGUCGUCGUUGUGAACGAGGUCAAUGGCGCCAUGGAGGAGCGGACGGAACGUUCCAGGGAACCCAGCCCGUCUCAGAUUGGCAGCGACGACCUGUCGAACCCGCCAACGUUCGUGCACACCGCGCCCGUGCCGUCCCGCGCGUCGGCACGACGCACCCACAAAUAUCGUUCUCGCCACACGUCGCGGAUUCCACGCUACUCUCACCGAGCCUCAGCCCGUGCCGCGGACGUACGUCCGCUUCGCCGAUAUGCGGGUCCGUGA